AUAGCAUUAACUGGGGUUUGGUUUGGGGUUUGCUCAGGGCUGCUUCCGAACUCAGGAGGGUGCUUAAUCCCAGUUUUCUUCGUCGUAUAGCACGGAAGAAUCAGUCAAGCUCAGGAGGGAUAGCGCCAUGGAAAUGAUCUUUCUAAAUCUCUCCUCAUGAUUUUGAUCCUCCAUAGCGCUAUCCAUCCUGAGUUUCAUCGCUUCUUCUUGCUCCUCCCCUGUUCAUCCUCUACAGAGAAAUGCAGAGUCUUCUUCCUCUGUUUAACCGAUGACGUCUGAGCUUCUCAAUUUUCAACUUCAUUUAAGAUUUCAUCUUUCAAGCUUUUUUUUUUUUGUUUAUGCUACAAGUUUCUCUAAAGUUUCAUUGAUGGUUUUGUAUGUACAAUCUCAAGUUCUCUUUUUAUGUACUCCAAAAAUUUUCGAUAUGGAGGUUUCAGGUUUAAAUCUAUCAAACCGAGUUAACGAUUCAUGCUGAUGCACCGAAAAAACGAAGAUACGACCUCGAUGGAGCCAUUGAGGGAUUUCUCCAGAAGGGCUGGACUAGAUGAUUUUGACUUCCUUGCUAAAACUUCGCGUUUCUGUAUCUCCACGCUCUCCUUUUUGCUUCCACUAGAAAAUCACUGUUGGCUGGUGCGCAUCCUGCAUCCAUAUCCCUUUCUUUUCUUGUUUUAUUUUUUGGACUAUGUAUCUUUAGUUGCAAGAGGAAAAAAAAAAAUGUCAAAUUUGUAUUCAAUCCCAGAUAGAAAUGUUUACUCACAAUAGUCAAGAAUGGUCAAACUCAGAAAGUGUUGUAAGCACUCUAUAAACAUUUCUGGUCUAGACUGACCUUUUUGGUUUUCCAAUUUGGACUUAUGUCGACAGGUAUUUAAUUAUUGGUUCACUAUCGAGGGGCUAGGGGCCAUCUCCUAAUCUUAUAAUUGAUGUAUUAUAAUGUUGUGUGGUUCGAAUGGUAAAAAAUAUUUUCUGAGAGC